AGCCUUUGGUACUGGCUGGAACUCGAAGUGGCCAUAGCGUCGGGACCCAAGCCUCCCGUCCACUAUUUCUUUUCUUAAAAACGUGACCAGCCGUGAUCGAUUCGCGUUUGUCGUACGUGUGGGCCAACGAGAAAAAAAAAAGAGGAACAAGAAUUUAAAAAAAAAGAGGGAAAGAGGAGAAUUUUGAAUGCGACUCGACAAAAGCGGUUUGAAGGUUUACAAGAGCUGAAAAGUUAUCUGCGCCGACACAACCCUCUUGCGAUGGCUUCGCUCAGCACGAUCCCAUCGAAGAGGACGCUGGUGCUGUCGAUCGCGCCUGUUCUGGUAUCUGCAUAUCUUAUAUAUAGAUUUUCACCCCCGGGCUUCUUCACAUCCCGGAGAAAAUCGAGUUCAAGUGAGCGGCCGGGGCCACCAAGAAUCACGAGAGGUGGAGAAUGGGUGGAGGAAAGCGACGAGGUGAACGUUAGUUCCGAUGAAGAAGAAGAGGAAGAGAAUAAUAACGACGACAGCUCAGACGUCCGUCCUCCUUAUGAGUAUUAUUGCAUGUUCCGUCCUUUCUUUGACAUCCAAAAUGAGAAUGAGGACAAGGACGAGGAUGAUCAGCUUGACGACGAUGACCUGCUUGAGGAGUACAACCAGGUGAUCCGGGCUGAAGACAACAUCGAGAUGAAGCCGGCCGCCGAGCAUCCGGACCAUCGGUGGAUCGCCAUGUGGGAGACCUGGAAGUUGUUUUCCGCGUGGGAAAGGCGGGCGUCGUACACCAACCCCGAUUUCUUCAAGAUGCAUAUCCACAAGCACUUCCACGGCCAAGGCAUGCAAGAAAUGAUCGAGAACAUGCUCAUCGCCUUCGAUAAGGAGUUUUCGAGAAAGAAGCGUAGCAAGAGGACCUUAAAGCAGAUGUGGGCGAUUGUAGCCGCCAUGAUGCAAUGGCUCCUAGAAAUUCCCCUUCACGGGUGGAUAGCAACGGGCGACGUGCAAAAGAUAAACACAACCGUCAACCUCGUCGGCCGCGCCUUGCUCACGGUGCUCAACGAGCUGGACCGAGCUAAGAUGCUUAAGGCCGAUUCCGAGAUCAAGGACCUAGGGUUAAUCAUGACCUUCUACCUCUACUGGAUCGAAGACCUAGAGAUCCCGGAUCUCGAACUUCCUUUCCGCAAGGAAGUCGUCGGGUACGCGAAGAAAGCCGGCAUCGACCUCAACCAGGCCGGUUGCUACGGCACGGACGAGAAGGUGAAGGCGCUGGAAAGGUCGGCCGGGGGUAAGAUCAAGCCGAUUUCCGGAACGCCUAAGUCGGAUAGGUGGGACUGGAAGAGAAAGUUCAAGAAGUUCUCCAAGGACUACAAGAUCGGCGGCGAGAGGUACAACAUCCUGAAGAUGUCGCGGGAGGAGCGCGCCAGCUACGCGUUCGAUAAGAAGGACCCUCUUGCCGACAUUUCGGACAAGGCUCUCCAAGAGGGCAACGUCAGGGUGAGGCCGAAAAGAGGCGUCACAGCUCACUAACAUUAGGUGACGAUGGCGAGGAAUUUUCUGGGCUCUGAUGGAGGGUUUCGUGUUAUUCCUAAACGAGAGAAGGAUGGAGUUAGUUGGG